AUGGGUCCCGCCGAGUUCCCCGUGACCUUCAACGGAGGAAGCUACGACGUGAAGCGCUUUCUGCGCGACCACCCGGGCGGUGUUAACACGCUGCAGCGCUUCAAAGGGCGCGCCGUGGCGCGAGUGAUGAGGCAGUACGGCCACAGCACGAGCGCUUACCACAUGCUGGGCGAUUUCAAAGUGAGCGGCGAGUCGAUGGCCGGCAACCUGACGGGAGACGUGAGCAGGAACGGGAGGAUCAUCACGACGGAUGAGCGAGACAAAGAUGACGCCGAGAUCGAGUACUUGGAGGAGUUGGAGGGUAGACUGGACUGGUCCAAGCCACUGCUCUGCCAGCUUGGCGCUGUAGCGUCGGACUACGAAAAGUGGGUGAACAGCGCGGUGUAUAGGAAAUGCCGGCUCUUCUCCAGCUCGCUGUUGGAGGGGCUGACGUAUACUCCCUGGUACCUGGUCCCCACGCUCUGGAUCCCCAUCAUCGCGUACCUGGCGACGACUCAGUUCUUGGAGCACGUCGCGUGCGGUGACAGCUGUACAGCGGACAGCCUCUCCAGCUUCCAGUAUUUCCAGCAUUUCGCCAUCGGGGUUCUGAUCUGGACGGCGCUGGAGUACUGCUUGCACAGAUGGGUGUUCCACUAUGACCCGGGAUCGUCUCUCACACUGAUUAAGAUCCAUUUCCUUAUACACGGGAUGCACCAUAAGGUUCCAUUCGAUAGCCUACGGCAAGUGUUCCCGCCAAUUCCAGCUUUUGUGCUCGCUUCGAUAAUUUACUCUAUACUGCGACUAUUCCUGACUUAUCCGUUGAUAAAGUUUGCUGGUGGGCUAGUAGGUUAUCUCACCUACGAUAUGAUUCACUACUACGUCCACCACGGCUCGCCGCAAGAUGGCACCUACCUCUACGCAAUGAAGCGUUACCACUCGAACCACCAUUUUGUAAAUCAUGACAGAGCAUACGGCAUCAGCUGCAAGAUUUGGGAUCACGUGUUUAGGACUUACGUACAAGUUAAGAAACUUAGUUUUAGUCUGAGUUGG